AUGGGGGGGGACGGCUACAACGAGGCGCUGCUGCACAAGACAAUCCUGGUUGGAGACAGUGGCGUGGGGAAGACAUCACUGCUGGUCCAGUUUGACCAGGGCAAGUUCAUUCCUGGCUCCUUCUCUGCCACUGUGGGCAUUGGGUUCACGGAUGUGCCGGGGCUCUGCCCGCCGCCCGGCGCAGCCAAGCCGCUGCAAACCCAAGCGCCGCGGGGUCCCCGCUCUGGGGACGCAGUGGGGCAGGCUUCCAUCUUCAGCCUCUUCCUCCUCAUCCCGUGCCCGGGCUGGGCAGGGAGGCGGCCGGGGCACGACCUCGGGGAUGGCAUCGCCCGGGGAGGAGGAGAAGGAGGAAGAGGAGGAGGAAGGCGGGUGGGGCCGCGGCUCCCGCUGGCCCCGCGGCUCCGGGACUCGGUGGCUCGUCUCGGACGCACCAUGGGCGGCCCCGGUGGGCCAGAGGGGAGCGAGACCCCGGAGGGGAGCGGGGAACCCCCGAGGAGCAGCGGGGAUCCCCCGGCGCUGCCCCGGGACCACGAACUGUGCGGCAAGGUGAUGUUACUUGGAGACUCGGGCGUGGGGAAAACCUGCUUCCUGCUCCAGUUCAAAGACGGGGCCUUUCUCUCCGGGACAUUCAUAGCCACCGUGGGCAUAGAUUUCCGGAACAAAGUGGUGGUCGUGGAUGGUGUGAAGGUGAAGUUGCAGAUCUGGGACACUGCAGGACAGGAGCGUUUCCGCAGCGUCACCCACGCCUACUACCGGGAUGCCCAAGCUCUGCUCCUGCUCUAUGAUAUCACCAGCAAGAUGUCCUUUGACAACAUCCGUGCCUGGCUGACAGAGAUCCAUGAGUAUGCCCAGAAGGAUGUGGUCAUCAUGUUGCUGGGCAAUAAGGCUGAUGUGAGCAGUGAGAGGGCUGUGAGGACAGAGGAUGGAGCAUCACUGGCCAGGGAGUACGGAGUGCCUUUCAUGGAGACGAGUGCCAAGACAGGCAUGAACGUGGAGCUGGCCUUCCUGGCCAUUGCCAAGGAGCUGAAGCAGCGCGCGGUGCAGCCGCUGGAUGAGCCCCGCUUCCAGAUCCACGAAUACAUUGAGGCACAGAAGAAGAAAUCCAGCUGCUGUGCCUUCUCCUGAGGGUGGCCCAGGCAGGAGGCAGAGCAGGGCCCAAUCCUGCCCUCAAGCACUGGAGGGAACCAAGCUCUGACAAGCCAAGGUGGACGGGACAGUACAGUGAAGCAGAGUGCAUGAGGAGGGCCCUUGCCCUAGUGCCAAGAUUCAGAUCCUGCUGCCCUGCAGAGCAAUGACCUGUGUGCCACCGUGGGAAUCACUACGGUGUGGUGACUGCCAGCCUGGCCAGCGAGCCAUGGUGAUCCAACACCUCCAUCACAUGAGCAGGGUACAGGACACAGCCACACACCUCACUGAGGGACCCUUGGAGCGGCUGGAGGGGCUGUGCCAUGGAUGAGCCUCCCUGCAGCCCCCAGUCCUGCCCUCCCCUGCAGCUAUUCCUGCUCACAGUGCUGCUGUUGUCCAACUGGAAGGGCCCGGUCCAGCCCCUGUGUCCCUGGUGCUGCCAGGCUUUGGCUUUCCUCCAAGGAACCUCAGCUCUGCCCCACACCCCAAUGCCCACGCUCAGCUGGGGCUCCUCAUUUCUGCAGUUGCUGCCAAUGGCUUUUAUCCUCCUGCCACCACAAAGCCAAUGAUGUCCUCAUUGUAUCCCGGCUCUGCUCGAGGGAAGGGCUGGGAUGGGUAAGGGUCCAGCCAAACCUGCUCCCUGCCCACACAGCUGGUGUGAGAAGUAAAAUUCCCCUGGGAGCAUCCGAGCAAUGCUUGGGGCACUUCUGGUACACAUAGCCAUUCCGAUAAACUUUGCUUCCCCUAUGUUGUAGCCACAGAAAUCAGAUAAUUUUUUUUUUUAAAACAAGAAAAGGCUUUUUCAUUUCAAUGCCUCCAGACUAAACCAUCUCCAGCCUCAUGCAGGCAAUGCCUACAGUGGCAUCACCUGGAGUGAUGCUCCAGCCCUGCCACCUCCCAGGCCAGACUGGGUUUCUCUCCCAUCACUGCCCAUGUAAUACAGCUCUGCCGUGCUGCUGCUGGCAAAUAGCAGCUGGAACCCACUUCCAGGAGACCAGAUGCCUGAGAGCCUUCAGCCAGCAAACACUGCUCCUUUGGGCAUUGGUGGGGCUCAGGGACAUCCCUGGUGCUCAGCCCAGCUCUGUUGCUCUCUCGAGCACACUGUCCACUCCCCUGAGCGCUACCCAGAGCAGUCAGAUGGUGAAUAUUUGGUUGUGUAGCUGAAGCACUGAUGCAGAGAGCAGCUGUGGAGGGUAUGGCACUGCUGCACGUAGGACUCAGGGACUGUCCAGCACAUCUGUCCCCAUAAGCAUCUUCCCUGGUCCUGUGCCUGACUGCUCAUAUCUCACCUGCCCCGGUGCCUCCUUCACCUCUGCUCUGCCCCUGGGUCUCUCUUUGCAAGUUUACAGAUUAAAGCUGAGUAUUUUUGAGGCUUUGCA